AUGGGUCGUCCUCGCAAGUACCCCAGGACAGAUUAUUGUGGAGAUCUAAACGGGUCCCUAUCGGUGGAGCUCAACUCCCAUACAUCACCUUACUUUCAACAAGGGUGGAAUCACUCGACAUUGUACAUGCGAAGUCUGCAGCCUCACGAGUACGAACAGGGACCACUCGGAAGCUUUGAAUCAGGUAUAGCCCCAAGCUCAUGGAGAUCAACAGACGGCCACGAGGAGACUAGAAGCGGUCCGUUUCAUUUGGAUCCCUCGGCAAACAUGUUACGAUAUCGACCACUCAUGCCUACAUUAGGUGGACUGCCUAUAUCGCCGGAUCAUCGAAGGGUAUCUUCGACGCAAAAUCACCCCGGGGGUGAUGUCGCCCUUUUAAAUCAAAUGCUUCCUGCCCCUAGUCCAGCAGCUUCACUUGGGAAUUCAAUGAAUUUCCAUCCUCCUUCGACUGGGUCUGAAGAGGCGAGAUUUCAGUACUCAGCCUGCUCAUCCCGAAGGAUUUCACUUGAUCAGACCCAAAUGGAUCCCUAUUCGAUAGGUCUAGCCGGAGGAAAACUUUCGAAUGACCAUCGACAUUCAAGAUCACAAUCCCCACAUUCGGUUAUACCUACGGAACCAGGCCCGUACUUAUUGGUAAACACUCAUGAAACCAUCUCGACCUGUGACGCUGCCCACAUAUUUCAGCAUUUUAAAGGGACCACCCUCCAUGUCACUACGCAAGCCCAUCUAGAGUUCAUUCUUCGAGAGUAUCCCAACAGCUAUGCUCCAGUACCGCCUCACAAACAUCCUAGUGUAUUAGGGCCAAAGCUGUAUCAUACAAUGUUGGCGGAUGUGAUUUCUUGGUUUGUUUGUGGACAAGCAUCCGUAUCUGAUCGACCGGAUAGUUCUUCCGGCACUCAAGAAUCUUUAUUUAUAAAGAUGCUCGACUACGAUCGCGGUGAAAACAAUUUCCAAGAAUCAACAAUGCACGCCGGCGAGGGUGGGUCCAACCCUCUGACACAGCUGACUUACCAAGAAUUGGAUUUUAUCUACUCGCGAUGGCUUUGCGGGAACCCUUUCGCCUUUCUUUUCAACGAUGCAACUCCCACCCAGCAGUCUAUCCACCUUGCCGAGAACAGUGCAUUUUUGGCAACGGUGAUUGGCUGGCAUUUCUACUUGAGCUCGCAUAGCCGUAACUACGCCUCUCCCCAAACGCCUCAUCCUCAUCUGCACAUACCAGCUCGAUGUCAUAUGCCGUUUUUCGAGUACGCCGAAGCACAGUUGAUGAGCAGGGCGAUUCGAUUCUCAGCCCAGAUGCGGUUGGGCAUUGCUGAGUGUUGCACAAUUACUCUCGAAGGAAUAUUUGUCAUCAUCGAAGCGUCUCAAACGUCCACGAAGUGCCUAUAUAAAAGUUGGACACUGCUCUCCAUGCAAUUUCCGAAAUCAAAAGUGCACGCCAUGAUAAACGCCUCGCCUUCAUACCUGGAGGCAUAUUUAAGUCAUGCCCGUAUGAAUUCUAGCAGCGUCCAUACUGAGUGGGCGAACCGCAUGCUUCUCAAUACCAGUCAAAUUCUGGAGGUCUUCUGCACGUUGUGCCAAGAAGAUCCUCCGCAUACAAUUCUCCCGGACCCCACGGCGAAGCAAACCAGUAAUGAUUGGCUAUACGAAAAUAAGCUCUAUCUGAUUCGAUGGUUGAUGGAUACAGCCAAGAUGAGGUGUCAAGUAAUGGGCACAUACGAUUCUCCGCCUUCUCACCCAACCAGAGCGACCGGUCGUGACAUCCGUAACGCCCAUAGCAAUAUUGUGCUUGCAGUCGUAUUUAGUAUCUUUGCUUUAAGCCGGUUAGUGCACUUGGAAGAUAUAACUCCCUCGAACUUCACAAGAAUUCCAAUUCCGAUCUUCCGGGACGUCCUAAAGUUGCUCCAAAUAAUCACUGCCGAGGGAGCGGAUUCGAUUGUGGCCAUCGGUUCCAUCCAUCAAUCUGGUACUUUGGGGGAGGCACUGCUGCUGCGAAUUCUGCAAGGGCUUUUCCCAUACUUCUUAAUAUUGGCCCAAGCUUUCGCCAAUACCCUUCGUGAUUUUGCAAAUACCUCUACGUCGGAUUCUACCCACUUGACCAACCAGUUGCUGGAAGUGGUCGAGUCUCUCGGAAGAUUUGCAUCAGCUGGGCUGAGCUCGUACCCCGCCGAGGACUUUCAAGUAAUCGAGGAGGUCCGGGGCAGAGUGGUCUCGCUCUCGGUCAUGCUGAGAGCAUCCUUUCAAAUCAGUGGAAGUCAAGAACAAGCAGGAGCCUUUCAACCUCCGGACUCCGUACCCUUCUGUGAAACGACUCAGAUUCAGAGCUUCGUGAAGCCUUCUCGAGAGAGCGAGCGCCUCGCUUCCGAACCCUUCGAAAACAGCGUAGUGAGACAAGCCCAUCACAUCCCUACCAAUAGCUACUCUUCAGAAUCGACCGUCAUGAUCAAUUCUUACUCGAGGGCUACUCAAGCUGUUUCCACUGAAGGCAUAUUCGACUCCAAUGACGCCGCACAAUUGUCUUUUCAAAUGAGCUCUGCAGAUAUAGGAGGUGUCUCAUCAUCACCCCCACCCUCAGACCCUGCUUCCUCAGCUUCCUAUCCAUUUCAAACCAACCACGAUCCCGAAGCUAAAUCCGAAAACUUACUUAUUCCCUCUCAGGGGUCCGGACUCUUGCUUUCUUUUCCUGGCUCUCAGGGAUUAAUUGAGCCUAGCGAAAUCACCGGCACCGAAAUCAACUCCCGUCCAGGUGUAUUCGGAUGUCCCAGAGGAGCAGACCCAUAUUUUUGUGCAUUGGAUUCUUCUUGGAUUAACCAGCCCCCUCUUCAUCAAAUCGAUCUAGAAUCUCACUCGCAUUCCCAAGCUUUGGAUUCUUUCCCACGAACCAGAACUCCCCAUCAUCUAACCCCUCCACUGGGGAGCCCACCGGGCUAUCGACUCCAUUCGCCUUGUUUGGAUUAUUUCCCUAAUAAUUUGGAGUUUCACGAAAGUUCUAUGGGAAAUAUUCUCGUAACCGAUUCGACAAGUAGGUCAUUUGUACCGCAGGAAUUGAUCGAACCUAGUUCAGGGUUUCAAUACGACGCCUUUGCUCGACCAGAGACUUCGCGGCCAUCGACACCGACCAGGUAA